ACAUCCGAAGUACAUGGAUGCUACCAAGAAAGAUGUAGCAUGGAAGGAUAUAGAAGAUCAGAUGAAACAACCUGGUCCGGCCUGUAAACAAAGAUGGCAAAAUCUAAGGGACUCAUAUAGGAGAGCCUUGAAUAAGAGAAAAGUAAAAACGGGACAGGCAGCAAAAAAAAUAAAAAAAUGGAAGUACGAAGAUGAGAUGUUUUUUGUUGCUCCAUUUUUUGCAGAAAAGAAAACUUUGGAUUCUGUUGAUAUAACAAGUGAUGAGGAUAACGGAGACCAUGAUGACCACACUGUGGUCGACCACACAUCCGAAACAGAAACAAAGAGUUGGCAUGACUGCCUUGGUCUGAAUGGUAUUGUCACAAUAAGCUCUAUAAAAAUUGUUGAAAUUAUCAGUUAAUUAUUUUCUAGAGGUGUUAAAUUUCACUCAUAUCAGUAACCAAACAUAAUUGUUCAUAAGUGUUCUUACCAGUGACGUGCGUGAACUGUGAGUAUUCGCGGAGUGAUCCAUAUUCAAAUUCAAACAAUUUGUUAGGUUAACACAUCAUCUCAGUUUUUGUCAGUGUCUCGAUUGUUGGUUCCUGUCAAUUACAACCAGCUGUGUUUUGGGUAUAGGAGCAGAACAACAACUAACUGUUUACCGGUUCGGUUUCCGAUUAUCUAGCCUAAGGAACAAGAAUCUUAUCUGUUAUCUUCUUUCCCACUCAGACAACAUUAGCCGGCUUGCGUGAGCAACAGUAGCGUCCUAUGGUUGCCAUGACAACCCACCGUAGUACAGUCUUAUCAGCUUCUCUAUUCUAGCUCGCAAUAAGUCUUCUAAAAGGCGGGCGAUUUUUGAAUCCUACUUCUUCCUUCCACAACAAUAUUCAGAAGCUUCCUCUGCCCGCCUUGACUGCUCUCUCGGCAAAUAUCUUCUACAUUCCUUCCAGUAUUAUCCUACUCUCUAUAAUCCCUACCAAUCUCAUAGAAAAUGACGACACGCCGUAGACUCGAGAAGUUGAUUCAAGGUGUUUAAUCUGAUUUGAAAAAUUUGAAAGAUGACUUAUAUAAUGAAACAGUAAUAGAUUUGGCCGUAAGCAUUAGAGGAACUCUCUCAGUUUUUGCGGAGAAAUAUUCCAGUGAGGCUAUAAUUGACCUGAUUCCAGAUUUAGUUGGAGUCCUAAAUAAACUUGACAACUCUUUAUCAGAUAACAACAAAUUGAUUGAUAAUCUGGAGAACCUAUCGGAAGAAAAUAAACAAUUUUCGAGACAAUUGGAGGUAGAAAGAAACAGAAGAAAGGAAUGUUUCGAAGACUCUCUGUGCAAUGAAGAGAGGGCAGAAGAGGAAAUAAAUUCCUUAAAAUCGCGUAUAGCAUAUCUAGAAGCCACCAAUUCGGAUUUGAUUGAUGAGUUGAAGAUAAAUUCUGAAAAUAAAAUUCUUGAAGUCAAUAGGGUAGAAGCUGUGGAAUGUAAGACUUUGGUUGACGUAUCAACUCAAACAAAAACUAAAAUGACAUGUGCAAAUUGCUCAAAUCUUCACGACAAAUUGAAGGGUAAAGAGCUCGAAUUGAUAGAGUUGAGGCAGCGUCGUUGGGAAGAUAGCGUAGAGAUGGAGGAAAAAAUUAAGAGGGCUUUUUUAGGGCUAGAAAAUAAUAACUUGGCUUCUCAAACAUUGAAUGUUUCCAUUAGUGCUAUAGAUCCAACUGAACAAGGUGGGAAAUCCUAUAGAACCAGCCAAUCUAUGAAUGAAUCCAAGUCACGAAAACCUAGUCCUUCAAACGUGAAUUCGUAUAAUAAAAAAGUAAAAAUAAGAUGUUUCUCGGACAGUCAAGGAAGCCAGGUUGCUAGCAGAACCCGGUCAAUGAGUAAUCAUCAAGUUUUCGAUAUGUUGAAACCAGGCGCGAAAUUCGAAAAAGUCACCGAAGAUUGUAAAAGUAUAUGCCACGAUAUGAGCAAGCGAGACCUUGCGGUUAUUAUAGCCGGAACAAAUGAUGUGGCUUGCAAUGAAGCUGAUAGCUUGAUCCAAUCGUGCAAACGGAGAAUCAUGGACCUGCAGCACACAAAUGCUUUAAUCUUUUCAAUUCCGCACCGACAUGAUCUGCCUCGAUGGUCUUGUGUGAAUAAGGAAAUCGCUAAAACCAAUGCACGUUUGAAACAAAUAUGUAAACAUUUCUCUCAUGUUUACUUUUCGGAUUUGGGUUCUUUGGGGCGACGAUUGCAUACAUCUCAUGGUCUUCACCUGAGCCAUCCGGGGAAAAAAUAUGUUGCGGACACCAUACUGAAAAUCGCUUCGGGACUCAGUGACACCACAACAGAGACACCUGCUCAAAAUUUGGGAUCCUGUCCUGUCACUCCAGAUUCGCCCUAUUACACUACUGUAUCUGACUCAGAUGCUGAUAUCAGUAAUAGUCGUCCAGCUGAAGAGGAGAUUCCAGUCGCGGUGUCAACGAGAAUACCUUUUUUAGAAAACAUUCAGUCAAAAGAGAAAGAUUUCUUGCAUGUAUCAACUUGAAUAAACGUAGUACAUCGCAUGUUA